AUAACCUGACUGCAGCUUACAAUAUGUAUUGAUAUAGAAAGAAAACAUAAACAAAUAGAGAAUUUUCAAAUCUUUGACUUUCCAUUUAAAAUGGAUGAAGUUUGUCGCGUUUGCACAAGCAGCGCUGUUACUCUAGUGGAUAUAUUCGCGAAGCGCGACCAAUCCGACGAAUCCGAGCCCUGUCUAGCCGAGAUGCUAAACGAAUGCGUUGACUGUCUGGUGAGACGCGACGAUCCGUUUCCCAAACAAAUUUGUUUAUCCUGCGUGCUGGAAACGCAGAACGCAUAUCGUUUCAAACGAAGAUGCGAGCAGAGCUAUCAACACUUCUGCCAGCUGCUGCGCGAGGCGUGGCAAUAUCCGGAGUGCACCAUAAAAGUAGAGGCUAAGGAAAAAGAGGAAGAGGAGCAAAAAGUUCACAUAAAGAGCGAGGAGGAGGAGUUCAUAGAACCGAUAGCCAACUCAAACACAAGUGAACAGCUCCAUGAACCAGUCAAAUUGCAACCAAGCAAAUUAGACAAAGCGCAGAUAUGUCCCGUUUGCUCAAAGGCUUUCACCAACCAAGGCAGCCUAAAGAGGCAUAUUCGGAUUCAUUCUGGCGAGCGACCCUAUUCCUGCAUUUACUGCCAAAAGACCUUCAAUCAGAGCUGCAACCUGGACAAGCAUAUGAGAGUUCACACAGGAGAGCGCCCUUAUAAGUGCCUCGAGUGUGCGAAGACCUUUACUCAGAGUAAUCAUCUGGCCAAUCACAUACGCAUUCACUUGCGUGCAUGGCAGGAGCUGGAGCGGCAUGGCCACAUCAAUAGACCAUACAAGUGCACAGAAUGCUCAAAGGCCUUCACUAGCAAAUGGUAUCUGCAAGAGCACAUACGCGCCCAUUCUGGUGAACGUUCCUUCAAGUGUUGCCUGUGCCCCAAGACAUUUUCGAAUCGCGCAGAUCUGCAGCGGCACAGCCGGGUUCACUCCGGCGAAAGGCCGUACAAGUGCAUGCACUGUCCAAAAGCGUUUACCCAAAGUGUUAAUCUGGAGCGGCAUAAACGUGUCCAUUCUGGUAACAGACCCUAUCAGUGUCCACAUUGUGACAUGGCCUUUACGCAGAGCAGCCAUUUGGUCAAUCACAUUCUCACUCAUUCGGGAGAACGGCCUUUUCAGUGCUUGGAGUGCAUGAAGAGCUUCACCCGCAGAGAGUAUCUAGAAAAACAUAGCCGAAUUCAUUCAUUACCAUAAAAAGACAUUCCAAAAAUGUAAAAUAAUGCUUUAAUACA